UCAUAGCAACUGCGUCUCCGUAUUUCAAUUUCUCUUGACCAAUCAUGUAUCCACCCCUUCGUAUAUUGCUUCCUGGUAAAGGAGCUCUAUUAGGCCCUGUGAUCAAGGACAAAACUACGAACGUAUCAAAAUGCUAUCGCUUUUCAAGAGUACCAUAUGCUCUACCACCAACAGGUAAAAGACGAUGGCGAAAGCCGCUUCCACUCCCUUCAACCUUUUCAUAUGGUUCCGAAAAUAAUCCGCAAACUUACAAUAAGCCGUCUAUUCCAUGCCCGCAAUCUCCACUACUCGUAUCACCAGGCAGCUCGAGCGAGGAUUGUUUACAGUGUAACAUCUACAUCCCACUUGGUGAACCGCCAUCAGGUGGCUGGCCAGUGUUCUUCUACAUUCAUGGUGGUUUCCUUCAAUACGGCUCGAAUAACUCAGAUGACCCUUCUUCGUUAUUGGCCGAGACAGAUGUGAAAUGUAUUAUUGUAUGUCCCAAUUAUAGACUUGGAGUUUUUGGAUUUCUAGCUGGUAGAGAACUCUGGGACGAUACUUCGGCCGGGAACUUAGGCCUCUGGGAUCAACGAGCCGCUCUUGAAUGGACAUAUGAAAACAUCGGGUUCUUUGGCGGCAAUAAUGAGAAUAUCACAGUCGGUGGUUUAUCAGCUGGAUCUUAUUCCACCUUUCAUCAACUAGCGUACGAUAUCGGUCCAAAUUCCAAACGCCAAAUCAUUCGAAGGAUUAUUCAAUGGUCAAAUGGAUGUGGAGUUGAGCCCAAACGAAUUUCUGAGGCUCAAGAACAAUUUGAUGAUUUACUUUCUGUUUUGGGAGUAUCUCGGUCUUUGAGCGCAAAGCAGACUGUGGAAGUUCUUCGAAGUAAAAGCUCUGAUGAAUUGAUAGUUGCCGUUGGAAAAAUGAAGCAGAUUUUCAUUCGUCCGGUUCUCGAUGGCGAGUUCAUUUCGAAGGAUUUGUUCACUAGAAUCUUUGAUGGCUCGUUUGGAAAACGAUUCAAAGAACUUGGCAUCAAAACCAUCAUUGGGGAUCUUACAAAAGAACAUCAGCUCUAUAAAAACGUGUUCCCGCCGCAUUCGUAUGAAAGAUUGAUUGACCGUCUGUCAUGGGAUUACCCACGAAGUAUCGCCAAGGCCGUUUGCGCUAAAUACAAACCGGACCACACUUCUCCAAGCUACCCUAAGGAGUAUUGGAUUGAAAUUUUUGGUAAAUUGUAUGCUGAAAUGCAGAUACAUUCCACUAUGCGCGGCUUCCUCGUCGCAAUAUCUUCUGAUGUCCCAAUCCAGAGUAUCAACCGAUACAGAAUUGAUUGGAGAACAGAAAGUGUGGACAAAAGGUUGCCUAAAGUUGUUGGAGCCACUCACGGGACGGACAUGUCAAUAUGGUUUUUUGGGAACGGGGAUGUCUUGAAUGACAAUGAGAAGGUUCUAUUGAGAAACUGGUUGAAGCCGAUGGCUGAUUUCAUACAAGGUAAUGACUUCAUUUGGGGUACACGGUCAAUCAAGGAAGUGAAAUUUCUUACUUCAGAUGGGAAUAUUCAAAUCAGGAAUGACGAUAUAUUUCAAGAAAGUCUAGAAUUGUGGAAUCUUUCGAAGGAGGUUAUUGAAUCUCGGAAUCAAAGUAAACAAUCUAAAAUAUGAGAUUUCAGAUUCUUCUCGUUGAAAUUACUCUAGUCAUCGAGGUGAUUUUACUCAAUUGGUCCUAUGUAUUGUAGCUUUACAAGCGGUACCUGAUUUCAAUCAGAGCAUCAGCUAUCUUCGAGUGGUUUCAGAGUCAAGAAAGUAGUACCUUGUACCAUUCAGAUUUAUAACCGUCAGACACUGAGAGAAAACAUGGUAGAAUAUAGAGUGCUCGAGGAUAAAGCACUCGAAAGUAUAAAGUCG